UCGACGCGAGUGCACGUGCCCGUAUAUCACAAGCUAAAGUAGUCACCAACCCCAUCGAUCCCACGAAAGUUGUAAAAGUUACAAGUGCUAUAUCAGUGGAUUGUACGGUUAGAAAACAGUGUUUUCGUAUGAUGUAGCACUGUUGUGAUGGUUGGCCGUUGUAUUGGAGGGAAGUGCAUUGCCACAGCGUUACCAAUGGCAGCGACGGCGAGGUGUAUGGAUCAGUGCAAGUGAAACCAGGACAAUGUGUGAACUGUCCAGACGACAAAAAACUUUCAAUGUUAGUGCGGACAUAUCGCGAGUGUCUAGUGACGGUAACAGUUAAGAUAAUGCGCGUCUAAGUUCGACCACGACGUCGAAUUAUUCAGAGUGGGGGGCGCUGGCGACCGCAGCCAGCGAUGGUAUGGACGUUGUAUUUGGCAAUGAAAGCGAGGGGGGGUGGAACGAGACCGAGGAGAGGACGAGUGAAGACCUUUACAACUACUGGGCAUGGAGCAUCAUCGACGGCGCCUUGAUGGUUCUCAUCAUCAGCGGAAACACUCUCACGAUUCUCGCAGUGACCCUGAGCCGGCGGUUAUCAUCGCUCGUCUCCAACCAAUUCGUGCUCAACUUGGCCAUAUCCGACUUGAUGGUGGGGCUGACUUUGCCCUACCACCUCGUCUUCUAUUUAGAUUCAGAGUUUUGCAAGAUUAAGUGGUCAUGCUUGAUGAGAUUCAUUCUCAUAAUCCUGGCAUGCUUGGCGUCUAUAUAUAACAUCAUUGCGAUAGCCGUAGACAGGUACAUAGCUAUAGUGCACCCGCUCCACUACAGCCGGUACAUGACCAAGGUGGUGACCAGGCUGCUGAUGAGUGCCACCUGGUCGGUGGCGGUGUGCAUCAGUUGUAUACCAAUAUUCUGGAACGACUGGCACGACGGCAUCGCAUGCGAAAUGAAUCUGGUGGUACCAAAAGCGUACACGACAAGCAUCCUGGCGCCGAUGUUCUCUCUCAUAUGGAUGGUGAUGUUCAUCCUGUACUGGCGGAUAUGGCGAGAGGCGACCUGCCACGCCAGGAGGAUGAGGGCCAACACGUGCUGUCCCUCAGGAGCCAACGAUUGGAAGAGUAUACAGGUGGUGUUACUAGUCCUGGGUUCAUUCUCAAUAUGCUGGAUGCCGUUCGUGGUGGUGGCGUGCGCGCAAACUGUACCGUUAAGACCUUUUCACAACCCUAUAGCAUAUCGGCUGACCUCGUCCCUCGCCAUGUCCAAUUCCGGCAUUAACCCAUUGAUAUACGCGUGGAAGAACGCAGGCUUCCGUGCAGCUUUCGCCAAACUGCUGCGAUGCAAACGCCCAGACUCUUCUGAGUACAGAGGAUCACCGGCACCAGAGAGAAAGAGAUGUUCGGUAGCGCUUCGCGAGGGCUCCAUCACGCGCUCCAGCGCUCCAAGCGGACUGUCCAGUCUCGGAGGCCGCCCAGCCAAGUUGCUGUACGUCGAACGGGAAACAGACACGUCCAGAUGUCGUAUCAUAGAAAAUGCAGGGUAUAUAGAUUCCGAUAGGGGCGAUUCUAACCCCUCGUAUGCGCCCGACGGGCCCACACCUGUGCACAGGCCGGUCCACCGCUCCCCAGAUGUAGUGUAGUGUUAACAUUUAAAUGAACGAUACAGACGUUUUGAGGGAAACGCGAAACGCUUCUAGUUAUUAAAAAUGUUAGUGACUGUAGGUACCCCAUUUGCAUUUAGGUACCUGUUAAAAUCUACGCUCAAGUUUUAAAGGCUUUAUUGUUGAAAUUUUAUUGAAAUUCUAAUGAGUUUUCCGCCAUAAAAAAAAAUUUAAACACAAAGAGGUUCUAUGUCAAAUAAAUUGAGAUGUUUAAAGGUAUAAUUAUAACUACAAUGUUCGAUGUAAUAUUAAAACACAUAAUUAACUU